UCAUACUCUAGUUAAGAAACACUUUAGCCUAAAUGUUGAGAAGUUAUUAACGUAAUUUGGUAAAAACGAAAAAAAAAACAUCGUACUUGUCUGGUCUGCUACAAAAAGAGACGAUAAGCAUUUGAGAAGCAGAGUGAGAGAGAUGGCUUAUGGAUGUUAUUGCCGUUGGCAGUGGGUGGAGGCCAAAUCCAUCAUCGGAUUGGGAUGUUGCUACUCUUCCUCAACUGCAAGGACCAAUACGAGUUUUCGUCUUCGACUUCGUUCUCCUCCUCGUCCUGUCUCUGUCACUGUCUCUGUCUCUGGUCUCUCCGACGGUAACCCUCACACUUCCGGUGACCCGGAGGACAUAAAAGGGUCGGGAACUACCGCCAGAGGUCGCAGACUGCUUAAAGUUCGAGAAGAGAAACAGAAGCGUGAAUACGAGAGGCUCCACAACUACCCUGCUUGGGCAAAAGUCCUCGAAAAUGCCUGCAAAGACGACGAAGAACUCCGUGGCGUUCUUGGAGAUAGUAUUGGCAACCCUGAACUCAUGAGGAAACGCGUGGAAGAUAGGGUUCGAAGGAAAGGUCGAGACUUUCAAAAGUCAAAAACAGGAUCCGUCCUUGCUUUCAAAGUCACCUUCAGAAACUUCAAUCCAACUGAUUCAUAUAUCUGGUUUGAAUUGUAUGGACCACCAUCAGAUAGGGAUGUUAAUCUAAUCGGUAAUGUUAUUCAAUCAUGGUAUGUCAUGGGUCGCCUUGGUGCCUUCAAUUCAUCAAAUUUGCAGAUGACAAAUUCAUCAAUGGAGUUUGAUCCACUAUAUGAUGCAGACAAGGGUUUCAAAGUCAUGCCAUCAUCUUUCCAUGAUAUCAGUGAUAUUGAGUUCCAGGACAAUUGGGGUCGUGUGUGGGUGGACUUGGGUACAUCUGAUUAUUUUGCAAUUGAUGUGCUGCUCAACUGCCUAACUAGCUUGAGCUCGGACAGAUAUCUUGGAAUCCAACAAAUUAUUUUUGGUGGUCGCCGCAUGGGUGAUUGGGAAGAGGGGAUGACAAGUCCCGAGUAUGGUUACAAAUACUUCAAGAUUUAAACCAUUACACUCCAUGCAUUGUACUCUCAGUUUGGUUCAAAACGGGUUGUAACAAAUGUGCAUACGAAAAGGUAAACUUUUUGGGUGAGUUUAACUUUAGGGUAAGUUUACCCUACUCGGUGGAAAAUGGCACUGCUCUUUAACGUAUCUGUAAUUUCAUUUCUAAGAAGCGAAAGCAUGGUUUUGUUGUAUUUCACAUAUCAUGUGCGAAAGAAUGAUGGUAUGGUACGCUGCAAGAGACAGUUUCACAUAAUUUGACAGAGGAAUGUCAUGUAUCCUCUAAAUUUUAG